AUGCCUGCUAUGCACGACCCAUUCACACCUGAAUUCCAGGCUCAUUGUUUUGUUGCUGGGGGUUGGGUGUUGAUAGGUGUUUCAGUUCCUGCUCGGUGGAGUAUGUUCGCUGGAAAUGCUCGUGCAGCGACUAAAAGUAUCUGCUUCUUCUGGGGAACCAGGGACAUGCAUGAAUCGCGAUUGAAGGAUAAGGGCACGCACUCCUCCGGGAAUUUACGGGACGAAGCCCUGCCCUGCGUCACGGAAGAUCAUGGCACAUGA